CUUUAGGAUUCUCACUCUCUCUCUCUGAUACACACACACAUACAUACACAUCAAAUAGCUACUACAAUGGCGUCGAGGCUGCAUCUCAGUGGCACUCGACUCAUCCGAUCAUCAGCUUUAGCUUCACCAAAUCGGCACUUAUUACGACCUUCACCGACCUCAUUACGUCUACUCCCGCAUGCUCGGUUACUCCCGCCCGUGACGAAUGGUGUCGCCCACCACCAACCGAUUCUGUGCGUACGAACCUAUGCCAAUGGCCGGCCGCAUCCUCCAGGUGGCACACAUCGCAUGAACCUUGGUGGCGAGCCAGAAAAGUCGGCGUUGGAACAAUACGGGGUUGACCUCACUGCUAAAGCCAAGGCCGGUAAACUCGACCCGGUUAUUGGCAGAGACGCAGAGAUACAUCGAACUAUUCAAAUCCUAUCGAGACGAACCAAAAACAACCCAGUUCUUAUCGGAGCUGCGGGAACGGGAAAGACAGCCGUUCUGGAGGGUCUAGCACAGAGGAUCGUGCAAGGCGAUGUGCCUGAAAGCAUCAAAAACAAACGGGUCAUCUCUCUAGACCUAGGCUCACUCAUUGCUGGUGCUAAGUUCAGGGGUGACUUCGAGGAACGAUUAAAAUCUGUGCUGAAGGAGGUUGAAGAAGCACAAGGGGGCGUGAUUCUCUUUGUUGACGAACUCCAUACUUUACUUGGCCUGGGAAAGGCGGAAGGCAGCAUCGAUGCAAGCAACCUUUUAAAGCCAGCCCUGUCUCGGGGAGAACUUCAAUGCUGCGGCGCAACAACCCUUAACGAGUAUCGAUUGAUCGAGAAAGAUGUUGCCUUAGCAAGGCGAUUUCAACCUAUUCAAGUUGGCGAGCCUUCUGUCGCUGCGACGAUUUCGAUAUUGCGUGGGAUAAAAAACAAGUAUGAGGUUCAUCAUGGUGUCCGUAUCACAGAUGGCGCGUUAGUUGCCGCCGCAACAUACAGCAAUCGCUAUAUUACCGACCGAUUUCUGCCUGAUAAAGCUAUCGAUCUGGUAGAUGAGGCGGCUUCCGCCCUACGACUUCAACAGGAGUCGAAGCCUGACGUGAUCAGGGAGUUGGAUCGUGAUAUUACGACUAUCCAAAUUGAACUAGAAUCCCUUCGAAAAGAAACCGACGUCAGCAGUCGUGAAAGACGUGACAAACUUCAGCAAGACCUAAAAGCUAAACAAGAAGAAGCCGCCAAACUGACAGAAGUCUGGGAGAAAGAAAAGGCUGAAAUCGAGAAUCUCAAACGUACCAAGGAGGAACUGGAACGCGCUCGGUUCGAACUCGAAGAAGCCCAAAGAGAAGGGAACUUUGCAAAGGCUGGUGAGCUGAGAUAUUCCAAGAUCCCAAGUCUUGAGGCGAAAUUGCCAAAGGAUGGCGAAGAACAAACCGAUGCUCAGACCAGCCUCAUCCAUGAUUCAGUCACAGCUGACGACAUUGGGAAUGUCGUUUCUCGGACCACCGGUAUUCCUGUGAGCAAGCUUAUGGCCGGGGAGGUUGAGAAAUUGAUUCGGAUGGAAGAUACCCUCAGGAAAUCUGUGCGUGGACAGGAUGAAGCUCUCUCAGCUGUUGCAAAUGCAGUCCGUAUGCAAAGAGCCGGGCUGAGUGGGGAAAACCGUCCACUUGCCUCAUUUAUGUUCCUCGGCCCUACCGGUGUUGGUAAGACCGAACUUUGCAAGAAAAUGGCUGAGUUCUUAUUUUCUACCGAAACCGCCGUGGUGAGGUUUGACAUGAGUGAAUUUCAGGAGAAGCAUACCAUCAGUCGUCUAAUUGGCUCCCCUGCUGGAUAUGUGGGCUACGAUGAUGCUGGUCAACUCACAGAGGCUGUAAGACGGAAGCCAUAUGCCGUCCUUCUGUUCGAUGAAUUUGAGAAGGCUCAUCGUGAUAUUUCUGCUCUCCUUCUCCAAGUUCUCGAUGAGGGCUUCCUCACAGAUUCACAGGGCCAUAAAGUCGACUUCAGAAAUACUCUCAUUGUUCUUACGUCAAAUCUCGGGGCCGAUAUUCUCGUUGGUGCCGACCCUCUACAUCCCAUCAAGAAUUUCGGGGAUGAGGAACUUUCUCCAGAUGUCAAAAAGGCCGUUAUGGAUGUUGUCCAGGGAGCUUACCCACCUGAAUUCCUCAACCGUAUUGAUGAGUUUAUUGUUUUCAAACGACUAUCGCGGACAGCCCUAAGAGAUAUUGUUGAUAUCAGAAUCAAAGAGCUCCAAUCAAGGCUAGAUGAUCGACGGAUGACCUUGCAGGUGGAUGACGAAAUUAAGGAUUGGCUCUGCGAAAGAGGUUAUGAUCCUAAAUUUGGUGCUCGCCCUCUCAACCGUCUGAUCUCGAAAGAAAUUGGCAACAGGCUCGCAGAUAAGAUCAUCCGUGGUGAAGCCACGGCAGGGCAAACUGUACGUGUUUCAUUCAAUGCCAACAAGGAUGGGCUUGAAGUCACGGCCACAGCCACAGAAAAUGAGACAGCUUGAUGAUUUAGGAAUGUUUUGGGAUCGCGUCUCGGGCUGUUUUGCUAUUUUUGGUGUUCGGCUUGGGAUUUAGUUGCUUUUUUUUUUUUGAUAUGUAUUGUAGGUUGGAUCACUACUGUGUAUAAUAAUAUUCGGUUGUAUAGUACUCGC